CCAGGUCCAAAUGGAGCUACUGGGAGCGCUGGGCCUCGCGGAGAACCUGGCCUACCUGGAAAAAACGGAAGAGACGGAGCACAUGGACUUGAUGGUGAGAAGGGCGCUGCUGGUCGUUCUGGUGCUCCUGGAGAGAAAGGCCCUGAUGGACUCCCUGGACUACCUGGGAGCGCAGGCACUAAAGGAGAAAAGGGCCAGCCUGGAAGCCCUGGAGAAAUGGGAGAAUCUGGUCCUUCAGGAGAACCAGGUAUACCUGGAAAUCAAGGUAUCCCUGGUGAGAGGGGUGAACCUGGCCAAAGAGGACCUCCUGGACAAUCUGGUCUACAAGGACCUCCAGGAGCAGCAGGUGUCAGAGGUUUCCAGGGUCGUGCAGGACCAAGUGGGGAACCGGGCCGUCCUGGUGCCACUGGGCUACGGGGUGAAUCCGGCCAGCAGGGUCCUACUGGGGUUUCGGGACCCAAAGGUAACCAGGGCAUUGCUGGAGCUGAUGGACCACCUGGAAGUAAAGGAGAACUGGCGGGACAGAGAGGAGAGCCUGGCCCGAAAGGAGUCCUCGGCCCCAAUGGAACGGCUGGACCCCCAGGAAUUCCAGGCCAUCCCGGCAAAAUGGGUUUACAAGGAGAGCAAGGAAUCCCUGGGAUUGCGGGGAAACCAGGCCCCCCGGUAA